CGGACGCACCGAAACUCCAAAGUGCUCUGUCUUUUUUUUUUUUUAAAUCAUUUCAGAGUGUUUAGAGAAAAAUAAAUAGUUUCUCCAGACGCAUCUCUCCAGUGGCGAGCAUGUCCGGCGAGGAGGCUCCAACUCAGCAGCAGCAGGUCGAGCAGCAGCAGCAGCAGCAGCAGCCGGAUGGAGACCCGCCCGCAGCCUCCGACGCGCCGCAGGAGCCCGAGGAGGAGAAGCCCAUCUCGGUCCGGGCCCUGGUCCUCACCGGGUACGGCGGCUACGACAAAGUGCGGCUGCAGGUGAAGACGCAGAAGAAGCCGCGGCUGCAGCCUGGAGAGGUGCUCGUGCGCGUCAAGGCGUGCGGGCUGAACUUCGCCGAGCUGCUGGGCAGGCAGGGGCUGUACGAGCUGCUGCCCGCCCCGCCGGUCACCAUGGGGAUGGAGGGCUCCGGCCUGAUCGAGGCCGUGGCGGAGGACGUGAAGGACAGGAAAGUGGGGGACCGGGUCAUCGCCCUGAGCCGCAGCGGCAUGUGGCAGGAGCUGGUGGUCGUCCCCGCCAACCGCACCUUCCCCAUGCCCGAGCAGAUGAGCUUCCCGGAGGGCGCCGCCCUCCCCAUCAACUACAUGACGGCGUACAUGAUGCUGUUCGAGAUGGCCAACGUCCGGCCGGGCAAGAGCGUGCUGGUCCACAUGGCAGCAGGUGGUGUGGGCAUCGCUGCCACCCAGCUGUGUCAGACCGUGCGGGACGUGACGGUUUUCGGCACCGCUUCGGCCUCCAAGCAUGAGACCAUUGCCCAAGGCGGCGUGACUCAUCCCAUCGACUACCGCACCAAAGACUACGUGGAGGAAAUCCGCAAGAUCAGCCCGAAGGGCGUGGACAUCGUCCUCGACCCUCUUGGCGGUUCAGAUACCCAUAAAGGCUACAGCCUGCUGAAGCCGAUGGGCAUGCUCGUAGUCUUUGGCGCUGCCAACUGCGUGACGGGUCAGAAGAAGAACCUGCUGGCCAUGGCCAAGACCUGGUACAACCAGCUGUCUCUCAACACCCUGAAGCUGAUGCAGGCCAACAAGGCCAUCAGCGGCUUCCACCUGGGCUACGUCACGGACGAGGAGCUCUUCGCGCGCACCAUGCGCUCCCUGAUCGAGCUCUACAGGCAGGGCAAGAUCAAGCCGCGGAUCGACUCCUGCUUCCACUUCGAGGAGGUCACCGACGCCAUGAAGCGCAUGCACGAGCGCCAGAACAUCGGAAAAGUCAUCCUGCUCCCCGAGCCCAAGAAGGAGGAGGAGAAACCGGAGCCCAAAGCCGAGGAGGGAAAAAAUGUGGAGCAGAACGAAGCCGCCGUCGACGGGAAAAAAGAGGAGGCCACGGAAGAAGCCGAGGCAGAGAAGAAUUGAGUCAGAUGGUGUUUUCAAGCACUUCCUCAGUGAGUUUCCCCCAAAUAACGGAGAGAAAAGCAAAAUUUCUUCAAUCCUCUGUCAGUAUUUUUCAAAUGUUUAUCAAGUUUUGUUGUGCAAUAUGUCAAUAAUGUCUCUGUUGGGAACUUUUUUUUUUUUUAAGUGAAAGAUCUCUGUAUUCUGAUCACAGUUGUUAAAAUUGACUGAUGGUAAACGGGAGCGGGUUUUUGGAUUUCUGUCCCGUCGCCCUCCACACGUGCAGAAAUGUUUUUCCAGAAAAUUGACAAUUGAAAAAGUGGGAUCGUUUCAUUGAGAAGAGCAAUCGUACUGACUGUUGGUGUAGUUUGAUGGAUUGUGAUGCACUACUUAAAUAUGUGUGUUUUUCACCUGUGUUCUCCUUUGUUGAAUGUCAUGACAAGGUUUGAGACUCUGUUACAGCGCAGCCCCAGUAUGCCACAUUUAUUUCCUCACCUGUUUGUGCCAAAUCUAAAAAAAAACCCUGCUAUUAACACUGCCGACGAGGCCGACUGUGAAUAACAAUUAGAGGGAUUUUCCUGCCUUUUUAAAUCACUCAUCCAAAGAAACGCCGUGUUGAUUUUACGCUGAGAUUGAUCCGCAGACCUUUCCAGAGCAGGUUUGCUGUCGUGUGGUUAAGCUGCUUACCUGAUGUUGCCUCAUAAAAGAAAUGAAAUAAAGAGAUUUGUGGUAAGU